UACAACAGCGACUUGGCUAACCUUGUGACGUCAUGAAUUUGCGACGCACAGCAAUAGAUUUAUGGGCAAGCACAUAAGGAUCCCUAUGUAACCACUAUCCUUUUUGGACUGUUUAUUUCAGAACAUUUUCGGGACCAACAUCAUCAUGCCACUUCUCCAUGACAAGAUUCUCCAACAUCUUGAAUCUAGGGGAUAUCCUAAAACAAUCUGUCCUAGCGAAGUAGCCAGGAGUCUGAGCGAUGACGAGUUAUCUUCACUAGGUUGCGAUAACUGGCGAGCAGCAAUGGAUCCUAUCAGGAGGGAAGCAUGGUCCAUGAGGGAACAAGGGGCCCUCGAUAUAACACAAAAGGGCGAAGCAAUCAUGGUCGACAAGCUUGAGGUGAUACGUGGUCCUAUCCGGUUGCGGAAGAAGCCUCCCCUUGCUUAGUCAAGGUGAAGAACUUUGAAUUUUUACGUUUGUAAGUGAUGCUUCACAACUUCAUUUAAUCCUGUUGAGCACAGUUCAAUACCUUCAAGAGGA